GAAGAAGGGCCCCGUCGAUCGAUUUCCUCAUCGGACUUGUCGCCUGUUCUGAAUUGACCAUCCUCUAGCUCUCGCCCACCGCCGUGAGCCGGUAUUCCCAGCCCGACGAGGGCCGUCGGUAGCAGUCCAAACACACUACGAAUCCUGACCGCCUCCACCUCCCACAACUAGCUCUCCUCCGGACGAUUCCACACACCCUCGCCCUUCAUCUCUUGCCCCUCCCUUCCCUCAUUUUCAGCUUGGUGUGACGCUAGCUCUGAAUCUUUCACGAACCACGUCUAACGCCGGAAUCCGCCCCUCUGCCCCGCCAUGCCCUGUUUCAAGGGUCUCGCCGUGAGCAUACACACUCCGGACGGCCCCAUCUCCGAAUAUUCGAUCCAGCGUCAGUCUCGUGCCUCUCGCAUUGCUUGUUACAUCCCCGUGCCGCCGCCCAAGAUUCCCGAAUCCGGAUCCGGACGCCCUGAACAAUCAACCUUCGCCAUCUCUAUCACCCUCCUCAACCCCGGUCAAGAUGUACCAUACUCCGCGCCGAAACCGACCCCCGACAACCCCGCACCCAAACCGAAGGUAGUUGGUGGGCUGCCUGGAUCAACCGAAGAGCGUGGUCAGUACAGCAGCGCAGUAGCUCCAUACCAGGCUUUGACCAAUUCGCCAAACGAAACGGUCGCCGCUUAUAUAUACUUUGAUGGCCGGACAAAGGAGGAGGUGGCCACCCUGCUACGGAGAGGAGAGGAGACAUGGGUUAACUCUCGUUGGGUCAGUGUGCCGGAGUCGGAGGGUGGGGGUCUCGCUGAACGGGAGUUUCUCUUCCGUGAAGUCGGACUAGAGAGAUGGCUGAACGGCUUGGAUCUGGAAGGGAAGGACGCAGCAGCCCAGAUUGAGCGCCGACGGCAGAAGAUGGAAAAGCGGCGGAUGAAGCGUGACGCUACUGGCGACCUGGAUAUGGAUCCCAAGUCGGGCAGAGGGGUCAUGCGCUACGGCAACGAUGCAAAGUCUCCGCUGGAAGAUGUUUCCGACGAUGACAUGUCGUUCUCCGACUCAGAUGAUGAUCCGAUUCCUGAGUCCGCGGGUCAGAUCAAGGUAGCCCUGUUCCGCGUCCUAGCCUCGGGAGAGGUCAAGCGCGGAGAGUAUUCUCCGCAGUUUGAUGCCCACGACGACGACGACGAAGCCCAGGGUGGGAACGGUAACAACGGUGCAGCUGAUGCGGACAUUGAUCAUACAACAAGUUUUGCAAAGCCAAAGACACUCGAUCCCAAGACAAUUAGUACGCAGACGGUGACCGGCAUCGAUCCGUCCGAUAAACCUUAUGCCAUUUUUACAUUCAUGUACCGUGGCGGGCGGCAAUUGCAAAAGAUGGGGAUUCUGAGGGAUUCCAAGGCACAGGAAACUCCAGGAUCCGCAAAGCGCCGGUCUUUACAACCAGACUUUUCCAACCUCGGACCACUGAAGCCUGGCGGUACGGUUGGGUUCUUGAACUUCCGUGACAACGCGGACAACCAGCGCAAGAGCAAGAAAGACAAGAAGACUGGUGAGGACGAUGAAAUGGAUAGUGAAGACGAUGAAGACAACUCAAUUCUCGGUAAAGCCGAUGCAGAAGAGGGCAAAGACGAUGAUCUGCAUCUGUCUCCAGACGAUAUCCGACAGCAAGGGGAGCUUGCGGAGAGUAUACGGAAGAUCAAGCUCAAGCGGCAGCAUUCGUCUGCAUCAUUGGCUACGGAUACGCCCCCGGAUGAGACUGCAAGCCCCGGUGCAGCCGGGGAGACACCCAACCUGUCUACCACACCACCGGCCGUGGCUGCUACCACGGCCACUCCCGAGGCCCCCAAGCCGGCCGCCAACACACUGAAUGGAGGAUUCGUAGGCAGUCCGUUGAAGAAGCAACGGGCAAGCGUCUCGCAAUCGGAUGAAGACUCCAUGCGCCGGCGGAUCGAGUCGGGCCUUUCCAAUGAAAUCACCAAUGUCGGCCCGGAGGAUAACUCCAGCGCAGCCAAUCCUCUGGGGGCACACCUGCAAAAACCGCAAGAAACCGAGGACGAGGAACUAUAAGCGGUUUGAUUGCUCUAGACCGAUACUACCCUUGUCUAUGUCCAGACAGAUGGUCUAUCUCCCAGGCCUCUUCCAAAAAACCCCCUCUAUCUUCUUUCUCCUCCACCUUACAUGGUGUGAUGGGCUGGCGUUUAGAAAGCGCGCGAGCCCGCUGUGUCAAACGCAGCACCAUCUUCAUUUUGAAUUAUUUACCAUUCUUCUUCUUUUUUACCUUCUGUCUUCUGAUGACAUCUACGGUUUGGAUACGGUCAACCUCACGGAUUUAUCAUGACUGAAUCGCCAUUAUUUUGUCCACUUUAUUCCAGCUGCCGCAGUUCCGGCAGCUGGGCGUUUGGUUCUCUAGUUAGAACGGGGGGGCGGGCGGAGGUAAUCGACAUAG